CUUGCAGUUGCAUGGAUCGUAUUACUGGCUGCUUUCCCCGCACCGCUGAGCCCACCGCCUCUGCACCAAUCACAGCCUGCCGUUACCUACGCGCACAUGCAUGCACGAACGCACAGAUACAGACCCUGACAUACACACACACACACACACACAUACACUGUGAUCCAUCGCUCCGGUUCUCCGCAGCUUUCACAUGCGUCCCCACCGACUCCGCGUAGCGCCGGCUGCGCCAAGGUGAGCAUGUUCGUUCCGAUACCUACUGAACGUCUCACCGCCUGACUGACCCAGAGUCGGGGAGAGAGAGAGAGAGAGAGAGAGAGAGAGGGAGAGAAAGAGAGACCAUCUUUCCUCUCUCACAACCCAUCUUCCCCUCGCUUGGAAGAGACCGCAGCGCAAGCCGUUUGUUUAGGCAUCAUUCUUUCUUUUUUUUUUUUCACCCGACCUCCCCCCCCUCCCCUUUCAUUAUCCUGUUGUCGCUGCAUCGCCCCCUCACCCCACCCCCCCUUCCCCCGUUACUCCCGGCCUCCCGGUUUGAAGGAGAAACCGGGGAGCCCGCGGUCGUGAUUUUGUGGAAAUACAUUUUUGCAAUUUUUUUUUUCCUGCUGGGUGUUGGUAGCGCGCAGUUGGUGCGCGCUUCUGCAAAUUCCGGUGAAUGGUGGAUUUGGCAAACAUGGAGACCGUGGAGAAGGAAUGCGGGGCCCUCGGGGGUCUAUUCCAGGCGAUUGUCAACGACAUGAAGUGCUCCUAUCCUGUGUGGGAGGACUUCAGCGCCAAGGCCACCAAGCUACAUUCCCAGCUCCGAACUACUGUUCUGGCUGCUGUGGCCUUCCUGGAUGCCUUUCAGAAGGUGGCAGACAUGGCUACCAACACCAGAGGGGCAACCAGAGAUAUUGGUUCAGCACUGACCAGGAUGUGCAUGAGGCAUCGCAGCAUUGAGGCCAAACUUCGCCAGUUCACCAAUGCUUUGAUGGAGAGUCUGAUCACUCCUCUCCAGGACAAGAUUGAGGACUGGAAGAAGACAGCCAACCAGCUUGAUAAGGAUCAUGCAAAAGAGUACAAGAGGUCACGCCACGAGAUCAAGAAGAAGUCAUCUGACACCAUGAAACUACAGAAGAAAGCUCGUAAAGGGCGAGGGGACCUGCAGCCUCAGCUGGACAGUGCCAUGCAGGAUGUCACCGACAUGUGCCUGUUGAUGGAGGAGACGGAGAAGCAGGCUGUGCGCCGUGCCCUGGUGGAGGAGAGGGGUCGCUUCUGUACCUUCAUCGGCUUCCUUCAGCCAGUUGUGAAUGGAGAGAUCGCCAUGCUGGGAGAGAUCACUCAUCUCCAGGCCAUCAUUGAUGACCUCACUGUGCUGACAACCGAUCCUCACAAACUGCCCCCUGCCAGUGAACAGGUGAUUAAGGAUCUGAAGGGGUCAGAUUACAGCUGGUCCUAUCAGACCCCUCCUUCAUCUCCAAGCAGCUCUGGCUCACGCAAGAGCAGCAUGUGCAGCAGCGUCAACAGCACCCACAGUAGUGCCUCCCGUUCAUCAGGAGGAGGCGGGAGUGGUGGUAUUGGUGGUGGUGGUGGAGGUUCCCAACCCCACUCACCCACCUCCUCCUCCUCCUCCUCCUAUCGGUACCGCAGCAGCCUGCCACACCAGCCUCCACCACCAGGGGGCAUCGCGGCACACCGCCUCAGCAGUGUCUCCUCCCAUGACUCGGGCUUUGUGUCCCAGGAUGCUAACAUCUACUCCAAGCCCCCCUCACCCAUGCCCUCGGACAUCACUAGCCAGAAGUCAUCCAGCUCAGCAUCGUCAGAGGCGUCAGAAACGUGCCAGUCAGUCAGUGAAUGCAGCUCCCCUACCACUUUUGGCUCAUCCUUCGCUACCUUCCGCCCCGCUCUCUCUCACUCUGGCUCCACCCGGCCUCUCUCUGUCAUUCUUCCUGUUCCUGCGUCCCCACCCUAUAACCGCCCCUCCGGGUCCAGCUCCUCCUCUCCCACAUCAAAGGUUCCUAUCUGGAAGGAUUGGUCCAAAGCAGGUCAGUAUGAGCAGCCGGUGGCCGCAGCACCAGUUCAGAGGAGAAAGGAACCUCUCGAUAGGCUGAGGGAGAGUGAGGCAUCGCCGGGCUCCCAGAGUUACGCUGGGCCAUCACACCCUGACGACGGGCAGAGACCCAGGAUGACCCCGGCUACUAUUGCUGCCAAGCAUGGAGAGGAGGUUUCACCAGCAGCCAGUGACCUGGCCAUGGUGCUGACCAGAGGACUGAGUAUGGAGCAGCAGAAAAGCAGCAGAGACUCCCUGCAGUACUCCAGUGGAUACAGCACAGAGACCACAACCCCAUCCUGCUCCGAGGACACAAUCCCUUCACAAGGUUCAGAUUAUGACUGCUACUCAGUGAACGGUGAUGCUGAAGGUCCAGAUGGACAGACAGAGUUCGACAAGUCCUCCACCAUUCCUCGCCACUCCAACAUCGCCCAGAACUACCGGCGCAUGAUCCAGACCAAGAGGCCAGCCAGUACAGCCGGCCUGCCCAGCGGUGUUCUUGGUCCCGGUGUUCAUGGGAUACCAGGACAGCCUGGUGUAGCUGGUGGAGGUGGAGUGGGGACUCCAGGCACUGCCACCAUCCGGCGUACUCCAUCUACCAAACCGGGCGUGAGGCGCACACUGUCCAAUGCAGGUCCGAUCCCCAUCCGACCACCCAUUGUGCCUGUCAAGACACCUACUGUCCCCGGGGACUCACAUUCACCUGGGGCAGGUGGUGGAGGGUAUGCAGGUGGAGGACAUGCAGGUGGCGUGCCUGUGCGAGUUGGCAGUGAGGAGUGCGUGUUCUUCACCGGAGUCGAGGAUUCACAAGGUGCGCUUGAUUAUGUAAAGGCCUCACCCAAGCGCCUCAGCCUGCCUAACACAGCCUGGGGAUCGGGGGCGGCAUUAGAGGUCUACGCCCAGCAGCAUGGGGGCCUCGCGAUGGGAACGGGGUCAGGGGCCGGCUCAGAGGAGGAUCAGAUGAUCGCGGCCAAUCGGCACAGCCUAGUUGAGAAAAUCGGUGAGUUGGUAGCCAGCGCACACGCCCUCGGAGAGGGGCAGUUUCCUUUCCCCGCCCUCCCCGAUGACCCGGCCCUGCCACCAACUGGCCCCACCGACACUCAGACAGGGACAGAGGAGGCAGAGGGGUCCGGUGAUAUGUUGACCACUAUCAGGAGAGGAGUCCGCCUUCGCAAGACCGUCUCCAAUGACCGCUCGGCACCACGCAUUUUGUGAUUGGAGGAGAAGCAGGAUGAUAGGGAGUCAGGUGUUGGUGUGGUGCAACCCAACCGCCUAGUACGUUCACAAAAACUUAACCAUGUAGGGAAAGCUAUAAUAUAAAAGAAGAUGAAUGACAACAAAAACAUACACAAAAAAUAAGUUUAAAGACACCAUUAGAGUAAAUGAUAUAUAAUAUUAUGAUAAUAAUAACAUUAAUGAUGUUAAUCCAUGCUGACAAUUAAAAGUUAAAUACUGAUUAUUGACAGGCUCCUAGCAGGCCACUAUAACUAGUGUGUGUUGGACGCAUGUUUGUCUUCUCUACACCCUCACCCAGGGACGGAAAGACUUGCAGGAAAAACAGAUAAGAUUUAAAAAAAUAAAAUAAAAAAAAGAGGCAAAGAAAGAGCGAAAGACUGGGUUCUGUUCUGUUUGCCAACUUACACUUUUCCCCAUCCUCUUCUCCAACUAACCCAACCAUCUAAUCCCAGAUGAAAGACUGAUGACUGAAGGAGGGGCAAGAGAGAGAGGGGGGUCAGAGUGCCAUGUGACCAGCUGGACUUGAACCGUGGCUGUCUCAGCAACAACACACUGUACUUAUUAGCCCACUGAACUGAAGCUUUGGUGUUAGCACGGGGAGCUAACAAACCAGAGAGCUCCUCUGGUUUAUCCUAAUGUAAGAGUCUUUAAAAAAAAAAAAAUACUGUUGGCAUUGAACCGUGCUAGUGCCCCCUUCCCCUCUCUCUCUCUCUGUGUAGUGUGUGUGUGCAUUCAUGUGUAUGCAUGUGUGCAAGUGUGAAAUAUGAGUGCACAUUUGUUGUGUGUGUGUGUGUGUGUGUGUGUGUGUGUGUGUGUGUGUGUGUGUGCGUGCGUGUGUGCGAGCGAGGGGGGUGGGUAGAGCUCUGCUGCAGGACAGCUGGUUACCCAUUGAGGGCAGGGCUUUUCUCCUGUGUGUUGUGCGUGUAUUUUCUUGUUUAUAUCGUGACGUCAUUUACCUUGUUACCACUGUACGAGAAGUAAUCCAGGCGUAUAGAUAUAUUCAUAUAUAUUUUCUAGAACCAGAGAGAAAAUGUUAAAUCAGAAAUGGAGCAAUAAAUGUGUUUUAUUUUCUUGUUUGGAAAAAUAGGAUUGAUGGAGUAUUGUGGAUUCUCCUUUGUCACAUUCAGGCAAUCAUCAGGAAUGCUAAAUUACACAUCGACUGUGAAUUCAUGCCUAGCCAGUUUUGGCAUUUCUCUCUCUCUGUCCCUGUCUCUUUCUGGGGGAGGAAACUAAUUACAUUUUUUUUUUUAAAAAAAAAGGAAAACUGUAAGCACUUUGAUAGGAGGUAGAGUAUGUACAAUAGCCACUAGGUGUUGCUGUAGUCAUACUGUCUGAUAGGGAGAGUGAAAGUGAGAGAGAGGGGGUUGCCAAUAAGGAAGAAGAAGACAGGGAGGGACAAAGAGGAAGUGAUAAAGACUUGUGGAACUGGAGUGAUUGGUCAUAUGAGAGAUGGGAUAAGAAAGUAGAGCAAAAAUAUUUAUCUAAAAAUGGAUUUGAUGUCAGGGCCCUGCUGUGCAUUAUGAAUAUUGCUGAAGGUUUUUAUGAUGUGGUUGUACUGGUAUCUAAAGAAUUGAACACACAAUGCAAAAAAUACACAGAUUGGUCAGUGUAGAAACAAACCUAUAAUAAGCCAUGCAAAUAUUUUUGGUUUUGUUUGUCCAGGUUUAAGAUAUUUGCUCUAAAAUUUCUACCUCUACACCAUAACAAUAAAGGUGAACACAACUGCCUUUGUGCUGCUCAUAGCUCUGAAAAAUUACACUAAAAAAUUUAAACAGCUACUUGUCUACCCAGAGACAAUCAGCCCAUAACUUUGGAACAUCUACAGUCUUUUUCUUUUCAGAGUCUUUAGAUGCUUCAGUGUAAAAAUAGUCCCUGAGAAACAUCACAACCAGUUGACAGCACAUUCUAUGGAUGGCCUCGGGUAACAAGGGCACUGUCUCAGAAAAGACAAAAUAGUGAUGAAUUUUUAAAAUGCCAUUUUCAGUCCUGUGAGCACAACAAGUGAAAUUCAGUUCACCUCUGUUGUAUUGUUGUGGAGGCAGAAAUCUCAAAACCUGGAUUAAUGAAUUGUCAACAUGCCUAGAUAUUAUUGAUUAUGAUUAUUAAUUGUAAUUGGGGACUUGAGCAUUUUUACAUUUAGAUUAUGUUAAUUGGAUAUACACAUGAGUAGCAUGAAUGUAUUCUGGAGUACUCCAAAUAUGGUCUUACCUAUAAAUUCUGUAUAUUUUUGCAUUGUGGCAGAGUGAAGUCAAGCUUUGAACAUAGCUGAACAACAGUCUUUUGACCCAAAUUCACUUUAGUUAAAACCUUUCCUAUGUACAAAAUGAACUACAGUAAUCUAAGGAUAAAACAUAGUGCAGAGUACUGUAGCUGCAGUACUGUUGCCAGAAGGUUAGAAAUGAUGAAACGCAUGAAGAGAGCCCAUAGAGUUGGUUGCUACCAGUUUUGGACAGUAACAAAUUACCCAUGUUAUAGUGAUUCCAGUAAGGGAUUACAAAUUUGAAAUUGAGUAAUUACAUUAUAUCUACUAAUCAACAGUUUGGGAGUUGCAUUGUUUACUGUCUCACUGAGAAUUUAAUGGGUUGACAUCAGAGUCCUCUGUGUGGGUAAGAGGACAGACUGCAGCUAGAAGCGUUAGCUUGGCGCAUGGGCUGGAGGUGUGGGGAAGCAGUUAGCCUCUGAAAAAAAGAGAGGAGAAUCACAUGCGCCUUCCUGUAAUUCCAAAGUUGUCACAGUAUUCAUAAGUUGAGUUUUCUUUCUCUUGCAUUUGCCUAAGCCAUUAGAUGAGGAUGGGACUGAUAUGGAGUGCUAAGUAAUCAGUCACUGGGGCUAAGCUAACGCUAAGUGUUGAUGGUCUUGUUUUCUAGUUCCACUUAUGCUGAAUACAGGGGGAUGUGACGUGAGGCUGUGGAGGCUUUGAAGCUGGAGCCGGGCUGAGUACUGAACGUAAAGUAAUGAGUAAUGUAACUACUAUUGCUGUUAUGUGAUGUGUAAUGAGUAAUUAAUUCAAUUUGUUGCCCAGUACUGGUCACUAAAGCGCGGCAUUAGCUGAAAUGUAAUCAUUUAUACCAGCAUUUAUUCAGUCACAGAAAAUGAAUGUAGUUCCAGUAAUCAAGUUCUUUUACUGAUCGUUGUAUGAGCACAACAUUGUUGUUUAAACUAAACAAUUCACCAGACUACCCCAGUACGGUUCAGCUCAGUUCAGUGCAAAUAUCCCAGUUCAGCUCAGGACACGGCUGUAAGAAAGGUUUAUUUAUGGACAGUAAGAAAAGGUGAAUCAAAGCCUGGUUGAUGCAUUAACUGAUGACAAAGAAGCAGAAUGGUUUGAAUUAGACUUUUGAAGCUAACGGAGAGAGGAAAAGAUGUGUGGAAUGAGCAUUUCACUGCCUGUUCAUACAGUGUGUACUGUAUGUGCUGUACUUGUAAAAGAGAAUCAGGCGCACAGAUUUGGUAAAGGUUUGUUAGAAAAUAUUACAAGGACUAUUCAGUUUUAGUAUUUUUUUCAUUCUGCAGUACUGUUUGAAUAUUUAGUCUUACUUUUAAUUCAUGUAAAAAAAAAAAAAAAAGAAGAAGAAAAAACUCCAGUUGUAACACAAACUACUAAGCUGUGUGACACAUGGAUGCAGGAUGUGUGGGGCUGAGAGUGAGUGUGUCUUUGUUUGGCUGUUUGAACUGUAGGCUAGUGAACUCUUCAUCACCAUGUCAGUAUGCGCUUCUAGCAGUGACCUGAACAUAGCCGGUGACAUCAGCGCUCUUACAUGCUCUUUUUGUCGACUUAUUUAUUUUUCUGCUGAGUAGAGCACUGUUUAAAGCAUAUUUGUGGCUGUUUAAGAAGAAAAUUAGGAUGUUUUUAAUUUAAAGAGACAGAGAGGAGAAUGUUUGCGAUGUUUAAACAUUGUCAGCCCCUGUGAGCACUUUUUUUUCUAACUUUGGAACAGUGCUUCAGCAAGGGGAUGUUUUAUUUUUAAUUUUGGUCUUGGGGUGGGGGGACACUAUUGUAUGUGUGUUGUCACAUGUGGAUGCUGUGUGUUGUAUCAGGUGAAUCUGACUGGGUGAGAGGGUGGAAGGGGAGAGCAGCGGGCUUGGACUUCUCCCCCCCCACACCCAAACAAACAAACAAUGUUUUGGGUGGUUGGGUGAGAAAAUGUUUAUCUGUGUAUAAGACCACCUGUCAAGGUCACACUGUACAUGAAUAUACGUACAUAUGCUGAAUGUACUACGAGCUUGAAGGGUGACAUCGAACUGUACGUGUGUGACUUGCUUGAACUGUGUCAGAAUUUUGUUCUUGUGCAACUGAAUGAAGUUUCCUGUCUAAACAAACAGGAAGGCAAUACAGGGGUACCGUGCAUGUACGUACAUUCACAAUGAUGUUCCAGUGUGGGUAUGUUAAAGGAAAAUACCACUGUUUUGUCCUCGUCAUCAAGCUAUUCCAUAUUGCGUAGCACUAAUGGUAUGAUUUGGAGUUUUAGAACUGUUUACUAUACAUCCAAGGACACUGCUAGAGCCGAUUCCACUAGUCUGAAUGUGUAUGUGCUGUAUGUUUAUUAAUUCUAACGCAAACUGAAACAACUGAACUCACUGCCAGUUAUCUAUAGUAAGUUAUAUUGCUUGAAUAAAGGGUUUAGAGUGCCCUGCAGAACAGACAAGCUGCUUAAUUCCAAAUGAUGGAUAAUAACUCAGGACAAGACAAGGAUUCAAAAACUGUAGGGUUUAUCACAUUGACUGUGAGGUGGAGAUCUAACUGCACACACCCUGUCAUGCAACACGAUGACUGGCUAUAGGAUGAGUGUGAGAUGAGAGUAAGAUACAACACUGCUAUUUUCCUUUAAACUGCCCAAUUAACAGCACAAAAGUUAUCUAAACUAAACAAUAAUGUCUUCUUUUUUUUUUUUUAAUGCUGAAUUAACUCUGUACUGAACUAACUGUCUGAACAAGCUGAAAUAACUACUCUGCUACAGAUGUGUCAAUAUGUGUAUGUGAGUAGAAGUAGGCCUACCGGCACAUGAGCAGAGCAGGAGCAGGAAUGAAAACAGAACAUUCUGUAGGAACAUACAUCAACACAAUUACAUGCGUGCAGGCAUGCGUGCGUACACACAAACACACACGACAAACAAUCCCUUCUUCAACUGAGAAAACGACACAGUACUAACUACAGCAUGUCUAAACGGAACAAGCACUGUAAAAAGUAACAUUUUAACAUUAAUUUCGUAAUUCAGUAGAGAUAAAGACGUUGGAAAUAUCACAUUUGAAAUUUCAGUGACAUUACUACAUUUUAAUUUCUUUAGCUAUUAACUGUCAUGUUGCCUAGUAAGGCCAGUGUGUGAGCUAGACAACAUCUGUAUUAAUACAAACAUGGAACAUGAUACAUUCCUUUCACGUUACACGUGGUUGCAUACAGUAUGCAGACUUGAUUAGAGGUUGAAAUGACGACUUCAGAAAAUACUAUCUUACUAUACACACAACUAGUCCCACAGACUAUAGUGCUGUUGAGUAUUGAAUGUGUGCAUAUGAUUUAUAUCAGGUCACAAAGAAAUUGUUUGACAUUUUGGAAAACAUUAUUUGCUUUCUUGCUGAUACUACCUGAAGUUAUGGCCAGUAGAUGGUUAGCUUAGCUAAGUAUAAAAACUGGAAGCACAAGGAAACCCAAACCAUUGUCCAAAGUUAAAUGUUCAAGCAGUGUCUCACAAAUUAGUAGGGAUGUAACAAUAUCAAAAUCUGAUCAAAUGAUACGAUAAUAUACCUUGGAAACAAGUCGGCGAUACGACAUUUACUGCGAUAUUUUUAAAAAGACAAUGAAGACUUGGGGAAAAAAUCAGUUUAUUAAACAACGAACAAGGCAUUCAUUUUAAUUUUAAAAACAGUCAGCUGGAUAAUAAAGUGAAAAAAACAGUUGUUUAUCUGUCACCUUUUCCCCUCUCUCAUUUUGUGACACGGGGAAACUGAAAUGCUUCCACACAUCAGAUCUAAAAGAUGCUGGAGCAUCCACAGUUUUAAAGGCUUCAUCUCCAACACCAACGUCUGCCAACUUUGCUGUAGAUUUGAAGAGGGAGUGAGCAGAGCGCAAAGGAUGAUGGUCUCUGUAGUUCUCAUUUCCCUUCGCUCUACUCCACUGUGGCUGUAACCAAACUACAGUUUUUUCCAGAAGACCUAUCGUUUGUUACUGACACUUAUUCACACGAUAUUAUGAAACUAACGAUACCGUUACAUCCCUACCAAUUAGCACUCUUGUUUGUUUAAUCCACACAAAUGUGGAGUUGAUAAUGAAUUUCUUGGCCAGGCGCAGUGACCUCCUGCUGGUUGUGUGGUAUCGUCACAGUGGCAAAAAAAAAAAAAUCCAAAAUGUUGAACGGUUUCUUUAACGUUUAAUGACAACUUUGUGAUUGUUUUUUAAGACGGUGGGACCACAGUAGGACUGAGACGUAAACACUCAACAGCAACAUUGUCUGAAAGCUCUGGAGGUGUAUGAAAACUGUCAAUUAACUAAGUACAGACUUUGCAUUUCAAUGCUCAUGCUUUUGACCAACUAGUGUGGCGCACGGAGGAAGCAAAAGAAAACUGAAUUUACAGAUGCCUCUGAUCCCAGACAUGUUUACACCUGUGUAUCCCUCUCUUCAUUUUACUCCUCAUUAUCUUCCUCUUUCUUUUCUUACAACACCCCUCAACCUCCAUCCCCUGAUCAGAUCACCCAGGGAUGCCAUCUAGCUGACAAGUUAGAAAACAACGCUUGUCGUGAUGAGAGUCCCAGUGGCUGCACUCUGUCUCUCUGUGCCUCACAGCCCAUCAAAGCUAAUGAAAAAUAAUUCUGAUGAAGUCUUUAUUUUCACCACAGUCAGUGAAUAUGAGCUCACCCCUGUUCCUCUCUCUAUCGGUCUCUGCCUGUCUCCCUUCCUUCCACUCUCUCCAUGUGUGUGUCUCUAUAUUGUCUGUUGGUAUGCAUGUGUGCAGCACUUCAAAUGUGGGUGUGUGUGUGUGUGGUAAUGGCUAACGGGUGGUAUCAUUAUGGGUCCAGAGUGUGCUGUUCAAAGAGGAGUAGGAAGCAUUAGCUGGGGCAAACUUCUCCCCUCUGUACCAGUAACAUGAGAUGGUUUCAAGGCAAGCAGCUGGACGUCUGACGCUUCAUCUCAGUGCUAGAUUACAUUUUAAUUCAUUUUGAUUAAGCAUUUUGAGACAUCUUUUUGGCUUAAUCUCACAGACGGCUUAUAUUACUUUGAUGGUGUCUUGGUGAGCGUCUGUCAAAGAAAUCUACAAGAUGCAAGAGUGAGCAGUAAGUCAACAUGCAGCGGGCCAUUUUAAUCACAAUGCCAUCACUAAAAAUCCACUGAUAAACAGUGAAGCCAUUUUGGUGGAGUCUGCUUUAAAGAUGCACUAUUUUUACUGAAUUCUGGCAGUGCUCCUGUGUUAAUAAAUCCACUUCAUGCAUUUGUGUAAUAAACAGGUUUGCUGUAAGCACAUGUAGCUGGACAUUGAAACAUUUUCAGCCUGCUACUUUGUCAUUGUUUCAAGUCAAGUCACCGCCUCUUUUAAAUAAUGUUUAAACUAUGACCUCAAAACAGAUGGAUUUUUGUUAUCGAAUGCCUAGUCUUUAAGUAAUCAGAGAAACAAGCUGAGCAAAAAACGCUCUCACAGCCCUUCUUGACUUCUGUCCGCCCAACCGUGUCACAGAGAAACACUGAUUUGUAACGAUAAACUGUUUUAGUGUUUUCUUUAAUACAUUUUAAUGACUUUGUCCGUCUGUUUUGGAGAGAAGACCUCUGUGGAAAAUCUCGACCCCCAGUAAAAAACCUUCUGAAUGAUGAACACUGAAGGAAUCCCCCAGUAAACAAGCUGAGCAUGUAGAAACGAGCUAUGCUAAUGUUAGCAGCAGCUCAGCUAACAGCCGUCAGCCCCUUACUGACGUCCAGUGUCCGCUGAAGAACUCCAGAAAAACACUGAUUUUUAAGAGCUUUUAAUCUAAAUAACAUUUGGACUUAACUCACUGUCAUUUUGUUGUCGUCAGAUGCAACAAAAUGGAAUUUAAAGUUACGUAAAACAGAAGCUUAAACUGCCUGUUAAUGGUCGAUGACUGUGAACCAUUCUGCCAACACACCCAGUAAUCUUGUGGACCAUCUGAGUUUCCGUGGUUACUCAGAUUUAUAGGAAACUGGCAGACUUCCACUGUGAGCAUUUGCUCGCAGCAUGAACACGCCAUUAGAAAUCUAUGUGGAAAUCUUGUGGACAACAGCCUCAUUUGUGUUGUGUAAUGCUUCUCCUCACAACUUCAGCCCCCUAAUGUAUACACUGGAAGUUUACCGUAUGUACUAAGAUGAAAUUUAAAUAAUGAAGUAAUUGAAAUAAUAAUGUGCUUGCCAUUGGAGGACAGGUUGUGUUGUAUUUAUGACCAGAGGAAGUAUUGUGAAUUUGCUGUAUGUACAACCCACUCCUUUAGCCAUCUGCCCAGGUUAUACUGAAUGUCUACUAUAUGUGUAUAUGCGUUAGUGUGUAAGUGUGUGUGUGUGUGUUGCACAAGGACACGUGGUUAAGACCCCCACUGUUCCUCCCUCCCACCUCCCACACACAAUCUGUCAAUCCUUCCUGCUGUCUAAUACUGAAGAAACCCACCACACACACACACACACACACACACACACACACACUCAUCAGAAGCAAACAUGACUAAGGUAGAUUCUCAGAAGCUACAUCAGGGUCUGCUGAAGUUCUCCAGGGGGGACCAUGAUGAAACACAUUUCAACUUCCUGUCACACAGCCAUGCAGAACAGAGUGGCCUCCUGGUGCCGCUGCCACUGUAACUAAACUGAAUGUCUAACUGUCAAUACUCCAGUUCUUGGUAGUGUCUCUCGCUCGCUCGCUCUCUUUCUUCUCUUCCUCUGCAGCCUCCAUUUGAACUCUUCAAUGAAAUCUCUCUAUAACUCGCCAUUGAGACGUUGAUAUUUCUAUGGGGCUAUUUUGUUCAAAGGAUAUAACCUUGUGAGAGAGUCAACACCUGCUUUAUCUCUCUGUACAAACCCAUCUUUUCCUCCCCUCGAGUAGCCCCUGCAGGCACUGUGGUCUUGUCUGUCCCUCUUUUUUCUGUCACCUCUUUUGCUCUUCUUCUUUAAUUUAUUGUGAAUUUAUUUCUAAGGUUGUUUCGCCUCUGUCGCUGAUGAUAAGGUUUUUCUUUUCUGUCUUCCUUUUUGUAAAAUUGACCCUUUUUUGUUAACUUUAGUCACUGCUAAUGUAACAAAACGCACUGUGAUGAUUCCAGUAUUAAUAAAAGUUGUACUUAAACUGUG